AUGUACUCCGCAGGCUUGGAGAUCCUCGGGAUGAUCCUGGCCGUGGCCGGCUGGCUGGGGGUGAUGGUGGCCUGCGGCCUGCCCAUGUGGCGGGUGGCUGCCUACAUCGGUCAGAACAUCGUCAUCUCCCAGGUGAUCUGGGAAGGCUUGUGGAUGAACUGCUCAGUGCAGAGCACGGGCCAGAUGCACUGCAGGGUGCACGACUCCAUGCUGGGGCUGCCGGUGGACCUGCAAGCAGCUCGCGCUCUGGUCAUCGUCUCCAUGGUGCUGUGCAUCGUGGGCAUCGGACUGUCGGUGGCCGGCGGCAAGUGCACCAACUGCAGCCGCGACGUGAGCAGCAAGCCGCGGCUUGUGGUGACCGCUGGAGUGACCUUCGUGGUGGCCGGACUGCUGCUGCUGGUGGCCGUGUCCUGGACGGCGCACGCCAUCGUCCUGGGCUUCUACGACCCGCUGCUGCAGGAGACGGGGAAGAGGGAGUUUGGGAACGCUCUGUACUUUGGAUGGGCUUCCUCCUGCCUCCUCAUACUCGGGGGAGCCCUGCUCUGUUGCUCCUGCCCACCCACGCCGGCCACGGCACCGAGCGGUGGCGGCUCCAGGCCCCCCCGGGCGGACUACUCUGCGGUCAAGAUCAUGUCAGUGAACGGAUACCCCAGAAGAGACUAUGUAUGA